UAGAGUGACAUCGCCUUUAAACCCUGCGUGGCAAUCCCUGACGCACCGCCAUGAUGCCCAGGGAAGACAGGGCGACCUGGAAGUCCAACUACUUCCUUAAGAUCAUCCAACUUUUGGAUGAUUACCCAAAAUGUUUCAUUGUGGGAGCAGACAAUGUGGGCUCCAAACGGAUGCAGCAGAUCCGCACGUCCCUGCAAGGGAAGGCUGUGGUGCUGAUGGGCAAGAACACCAUGAUGCGCAAGGCCAUCAGGGGCCACCUGGAAAACAACCCCACUCUGGAAAAGCUGCUGCCUCACAUCCGGGGGAUUGUGGGCUUUGUGUGCACCAAGGAGGACCUCACUGAGAAUAGGGACAUGCUGCUGGCCAAUAAGGUGCCCGCGGCUGCCUGUGCUGGCGCCAUCGCCCCCUGUGAGGUCACUGUGCCAGCCCAGAACACAGGUCUGGGGCCUGAGAAGACCUCGUUCUUCCAGGCUUUGGGCAUCACCACUAAAAUCUCUAGAGGCACCAUUGAAAUUCUGAGUGAUGUGCAGCUGACAAAAACCGGAGACAGGACUCUGCACUCUCGUUUCCUAGAGGGUAUCCGAAAUGUUGCCAGUGUCUGUCUGCAGAUUGGUUACCCAACUGUUGCCUCGGUGCCACACUCUAUCAUCAAUGGGUACAAGAGGGUCCUGGAUCCAUCUGCAUUUGUGGUUGCUGCCCCUGUGGCUGCAGCCACCACUGCUGCUCCUGCUGCUGCAGCCCCCGCCAGGGCUGAAGCCAAAGAAGAGUCUGAGGAAUCAGAUGGGGAUCUGGGAUUUGGUCUCUUUGACUAA